AUGUUCGCUGGCUCCUCAAAGCUCGGCGGCGGCGGCCGCGGCGGCAGCUCCGGCAGGGGAGGAGGUCCCGGCGCCCAGCGCCACCCUUCCUCCUCUUUUUCGCACCCUCCUUCCGCACUCCACCGGCCGCCCACCGCUUCCCGCCUCUCUCUCGGCGGUAAUCCUCGCAACAACCGCUCCGGCGGUUCGAGCAAUAGUAAGAAUGCCACUUCUGGCCCUGGUGGCGUUGAAGAGAGUUUCUCUCUUGUCCCGGGGAAUUCGCCUCCGGCGUUUGCUAUGAUUAUCAAGUUGGCACCUGACUUGGUGGAUGAGAUCAGGACGUUGGAAGCUCAAGGUGACAGCGCCAGGAUUAAGUUCGAUUCCAUGGCGAAUAAUCCUAAUGGGAAUGUUAUCAAAGUGGGUAACAAGGAGUUUAGAUUUGUAUGGUCAAGGGAAUCUGGGGACCUUAUUGACAUAUAUGAACAACGUCAAAGUGGAGAAGAUGGAAAUGGUUUACUUGUUGAAUCAGGAUCUGUCUGGCGGAAGGUAAAUGUCCAACGUGUCUUGGACGAAUCGACGCAGAACAAUGUUAAAAUGCGGUCCGAGGAAGCUGAACGCAAGCAUAAAUCACGCAAGGCCAUUGUGCUAGAUCCCUCAAACCCAUCAUUGAAGAAUCCCAUAAAGCAAUUAGCAGCUGCUGAGGUUAAUCCGAGGAGAAUGGGUUUUAAGCAGAAGAAAGAGCCCCCUUUAAAAAAGCGGAAGGUGGAACCUGCACAAGUUGGGGGUCCAACUAAGUCAUUUAAGACUGGAGUUACUUCUGCUGCUAACCCAAGAGGUAGACUUUCAUCCUCACCUCUGCCAUCUACACCUGAGCGAUCCGGUGUUCCAGCAUCUCCAUUGGGAACUGGAAGUUCCAUCAAGGUUCAUACAAGCUCUGAAGAAAUUACUCCUAAUCAGUUUAAAGGUAAACAAAAUGCUGGCUCAGAGAAAGGAAUCUUAUCGGGGAGUGGCAAUGCCAUAAAGGAGGCAGCUCGAUCCAAAGGAAAUUUUGGGGCCAAGCCAGUGGACAUAGAAAAUAUGUUGACUUACUUCCUGACAGAGAACAAAACUAAUGGGAUGACCAUUAAAUCCUUGGAGAAAGCCAUCGGGGAUUCAGUUCCUGGAGCUGCUAAGAAGAUUGAGCCUAUCUUAAGAAAGAUAGCAAUUUGUCAAGCUCCAGGAAGGUAUUUCUUGAAAUCAAGCGUCGACAUGGAGAGUGUGAAGAAACCUUCAUUUGACAGUGGAAGCUCUCCAGAAGAGAAUGGGAGGCAGAUACUUGCUUCCAUGGACAACCACGAGAAGAGGCCUACUCCAGAGCAAGCUUUUCUUGAUAAUCCUGCCAUUCCUUAUCCCCAGUCUGACUCCAGAAUGGACGGAGAAGCAAAUGCAUCGGAGAAAAUCGACAUCCUAGGUCUAUCAUCAUCACCUGAUUUGUUUGCUGGUGACAGGAAGGAGUCGGACAACAACAGUGACGGGCGAACGGCCAGUUCUAGUGAGAGUUCUAGUGACAGCGACAGUAGUGAUAGCGACAGCGGAAGCAACAAGAGCAAAAGCAGUGAUAGUGAUAGUGAUGCUUCUUCGAGCGGCAAAGAGGCAUCUGAUGAAGAUGUGGAUAUUAUGUCGAGUGACGACAGAGAACUGCCCAGUGAUAAUAAGUUACAUAUGUCUUCAUCUCCUGAUCAGUGGAGGUCUAUGUUGCAUAAUGGCACGGAAGAGAAGCAAGAUGGCGAGGGAUCUGAUGCAGUCGAUAUAGACAUUGAGGGGGAUGGAUCUGAUGCUGUUGACAUCGAGAGAGAAUUGGUUGGUGAAGAAGAUAAGGAAAUUCCUUGCAAAGAAGGCGAAAUGCUGAGGGAAGAUGCGGCCUCAAUAUUAUCUGACCAUGGCAUUUUGCAAGAUCGUGAAGCGUUCAUUGGAAAUUUGUUCGAUGAUGGUAAUGGCUUCAGACAUGAACAGUCUGAUAGCUCCGAGAGGACAUCCAAGGGUAAAUUGAAGGAAGUACCAGAGAAGAAGCAACAGGUUGGGAAAUCUGAAUACACAAAAGGACAGAAGUCGGACAGUUUGACUCAAGCUGCUACCAAUUCUGGAAGUUGGGAUGCUGCCACGUUCUUCGAGAGUCCCCGUGAUAGGCGCUUAGAAGAUACAUAUAAGACCCCUGGCAAUGAAGGAGUGAAUGUGAUUGAGGAAGUUAGUACUGAUCUUGAUCCACUUCAAAGUCGCAGUGAGAUGACUCCCGGGAAAGCUGGUUUAGAGUUUCAGCCGUCUGAGAAAAUCAGACAGUUGACUGAGGGCUCAAAACACAAUCGUAAAUCUUCAAGAGAAAAAGUUUCGAAAAGUAGUCACCAUGAGCUUAGUAUUCCAAAACAGAAAAAGGCCCCAAAACGUCCGAAGGAUGUCAGCACUGGAGGAAGGCAGGCGGAAAUAUUGGGCAAUUCCAAAGAUGCUCCCAAAUUUUCAAGCAUCAACCUUGCUUCACCAAAAGAUGGCAACAGAAGUGAAACCAAGAAGCAUCCUGAUGCCGGUGGGAGGGCCCUCCAGAGAGAGCUUUCAGACUUGGAGUUGGGGGAACUUCGUGAACCAUUGCUCGAAGAAACACCACCAACUGAGAAGCCGUUCGACAGGAAAGGUUUCUUGAAAUUGACAGAUGCUAGGCCGAGUACUUCGGAUAGCCAUAAUAAUCAAGAUUUAAGCAAGGGAAGACCAGUUGGAAAGUCAACUCUGGACUCUGGACGGCCUUCAGAAGAUACAACGAAAAGUGUGCAGUUUGGCCAGUAUCGCCCUCCACAAAACCUUAUGAGAGCUGAUAACGCUGACGUUGGAAAUCAUUUCCAAAAAUCAAAUGAUGGUAAUAGGUCGCGGCUUAAUGAAGCAGGGGCAAAAGUGGGAAAUGGCAUAGAAGGGUAUGGAGAAAACCAGAAGAAAGUACAGGGUGCUGCAAACCAGCCGCAUGAUCUAAAACGUGGAAUAUCUAACAAUUCAAUAAAGCAAAGCAAAGCUCUAGCAUCUAAUAAUACCAUCGGUGAUAGGGCAGAGGUUCGGAGAGAUGACACUGUAGUAACCAAGGAAAACGACCGUGGACAAAUGAGGAGAGAGUCUUCUCCUGAGGAAGGUAACUCUUCUUUCUAUAAGUAUGAGAAGGACACCCCAGAGCUGAAGGGACCGGUUAGAGAAUUCACACAGUACAAGGAGUAUGUUGAGGAAUAUCGUGACAAGUAUGAGAGCUAUUGUGCAUUGAACAAACUCCUGGAGAGCUAUAGGAAUCAGUUCCAUAAAUUUGGUAAGGACCUUGAAUUUGCAAAAGGCCGGGAUAUGGAGAGAUACCACACAAUUUUGGCGCAGUUGAAGGAAUCUUAUCGUCAAUGUGGAGCAAGACACAAACGGUUGAAGAAGAUAUUUGUCGUGCUUCAUGAAGAACUAAAGAACCUUAAGCAGAGGAUUAAAGACUUCGCAAACACAUACGGGAAAGAUUGA